AUACUUAUAAAUUUUGGUUUUUAAAAUAUUGGUUAAUCUUAGAUUGAUAAGCAUAAUACUAAUAAGAGCUAACUUUUGACUGAAAAAGAAAAAAAAAAAAAACAAGAAUAUAGUAGACUAAGUGAUAAGUAAUUAUCAGCGUCAGUACCUUGACAAACUUCUCAAGCAUCUGCAGAACAUACUUUAAGUUUGAUUACAUUAAGUUCUAAAACCUCCGUUUGUUAAGAAAAGGAGGGAAGAAAAGGAACAGGUAACAUCAUGGGACCAUUUUUUUAAAUUCUAUUUUUACGGCAAAUAACACUAAACUGGCUAGUUGAAAAUUUGUAGGAUAUUUAUAAACAAGUAGAAUAAAAUAAAAUGGUAACUAUCUUAAAAAGUAAUGAGUUUUAUUCAAAGGAAAGUACCUCAGAUGCUCAAAUUAUGUAACAAAGAAUACAUUUUUAAAUAAUAAAUUAAAAUAACGGUCUCUCUUAGGAACUAGAAGGAAAAAAAGCCCAGACAAAGCAAGAAAAAGGAAACAACAAAGAAGAAAAGCAAAUUAAAAAAAUUUUAAACUGAGAAAUAGCAAAAUUGGUAAUCAAGACCUAGUCCUUUGCUGGGAGUGAAAGGGUCAUUAAUUAGAUAAACUGGUUACUCUGCUUAAGAAAAGGUGCAUACAUACAGAAGGUUAAAAAUAAUUUUUUAAGACAGAAAGUAGUGCUUUAUAAAACAAUAUAAAUCAAACCAGAUUUUAUUUUUUACUUUUAAGCAAAUUCAGCUAUCAAAAUUGACUCCAGGAGAGAACCUAACAGACGAAUAACAAUGGAAGAAAUUGGGAAAGUUAUCAAAAAACUGUCCUGCAAAAAACCAAGUCCAGGUGGUGUUACAGGUUAAAAAAAAUUCUUCAUGAAGAAGAAAGAUCUUAAGCAACAUGAUGGAUUCAGAAGCUCAUGAAAAGAGGCCACCAAUCCUAACAUCUUCAAAACAAGAUGUAUCACCUCACCUUACAAAUGUUAGUGAAAUGAAGCAUUACUUGUGUGGCUGCUGUGCAGCUUUCAACAAUGUUGCAAUCACAUUUCCUAUUCAGAAGGUUCUUUUUAGGCAACAGUUAUAUGGCAUCAAAACCCGGGAUGCAGUACUGCAGUUGAGGAGGGAUGGAUUUCGAAAUUUGUAUCGUGGAAUCCUUCCCCCGUUAAUGCAGAAAACAACUACUCUGGCACUUAUGUUUGGUCUCUAUGAGGAUUUAUCCUGCCUUCUCCUCAAACAUGUCAGUGCUCCAGAGUUUGCAACCCGCAGUGUGGCAGCAGUACUGGCAGGAACUACAGAGGCAAUAUUCACUCCACUGGAAAGAGUUCAGACAUUGCUUCAAGACCACAAGCAUCAUGACAAAUUUACAAAUACUUACCAGGCUUUCAAGGCACUAAAAUGCCAUGGAAUUGGAGAGUAUUAUCGAGGCUUGGUGCCCAUUCUUUUCCGCAAUGGACUCAGCAAUGUCUUUUUUUUUGGCCUUCGGGGCCCCAUUAAGGAGCAUCUGCCUACUGCAACAACUCACAGUGCUCAUUUGGUCAAUGAUUUUAUCUGUGGAGGUCUUCUGGGUGCCAUGUUGGGAUUUUUGUUUUUUCCAAUUAAUGUUGUAAAAACACGCAUGCAGUCUCAGAUUGGUGGGGAAUUUCAGUCUUUCCCUAAAGUUUUUAAAAAGAUCUGGCUAGAGCGGGACAGGAAACUGACAAAUCUUUUCAGAGGUGCCCAUCUGAAUUACCACCGAUCCCUCAUCUCUUGGGGCAUAAUCAAUGCAACUUAUGAGUUCUUGUUAAAGGUUAUAUGAAAAUAUCAGUAAAGUGCCAAUUAUCAACUGAAUACCUAAGAAGAAUGCAGUUUGGCCUCAUUCUUAAUUGACCAACUAUAAGUUGAUGUCUUAAGUCCAGGCCACAGUGAGUUAUGGGCAAAGUUGUUUUCCUUAAGCAUCAACAAAAACAGAAUAAUGGGUUUCAAUAGGGAAGUUUAGGAGUUUUUUGUUUUUUUUUAAAUCAUCAUCUAAGAACAGUAGGCUGAUUGUCUGCUAAAUAGCUGUCCAUCUGAUGGCCUUGACAGGGACCCUAAUAGCCAAGAUAUGAUUCAUUUUUCCAGAACAGUCUUUAACCUUCUGUAUUGAAAUGUAAGUGUCCUGGACCAGUAAGAAAAAAGGCCUUAAGGCUGUGAGACUUCUCAGGCUCAUUUUAUUACUCCCAUUUCUUGCUUCUCUGCUCUCGGCAGUUAUGAUAGUCUUCAUCAAAUUCAAGCAUGUGACACAGAGACAGUACAGAAGAACAACAACUUGUUAGGUAUAGGCUUUUCAUAAUAAAUUGAUUAUAUUGGUUUUAAAACUGAGCACCUGUUAGAUAAUCAUUAUAUACUAUUACUAUUUAGACAUGGUAGAUUCAAGCAGCUAAUGAAAGUCCCAUUUUGCUUUCUAGGUUUGAAAGUUUUGUGUUUGAUUCACCCUUCCAACCUAUUCUUACAUGAAUUUCAUGCCAAAAGAUGGAGAGACUUGUUAUUUUUGUUACAAGUCUUUGGUCCUUUUAAGUAGUUUCUUAUUUUUGCAUGUAAAUCAAACCCUGAUCAGCUUGGUUUCUUUGAAUUAUUGGUGCCAACUUAGCAAAGAGCUUUGGGGGGUUUUUUCCAUUCAGUAGUUUGUCAUAUUUAAGCAUCCCAUUUUCUUGAAACUCUGCUUUUAAAAAAUAAACAUGUCCAAGGCAGAGGGUGGUGGCUCAUGCCUGUAAUCCUAGCACUCUAGGAGGCUAAGGAGGGGGAUAACCUGAGCUCAGGAGUUGGAGACCAGCCUCAGCAAGAGCUAAAAAAACAGCCAGGCAAUUGUGGUAGGCACCCAGCUCCUUGGGAGGCUAAGGCAGGAGGAUCACUUUACCUCAAGAGUUUGAGGUUGCUGCAAGCUGUGAUGCCAUGGCACUCCCCUGAGGGCAACAAAAUGAGACUAUGUCUCUAAAUAAAUAAACAUGUCUGUAAAAUUUUAUUUUAGAAGUUUUGCUAAUUUUUUUCUUUUCUGGUUUCUUUUUUUUUUUUUUUUGCAGUUUUUGGCCAGGGCUGGGUUUGAACCCACCACCUUCGAUAUAUGGGGCUGCACCCUACAGGUGCCGCUCCCUGGUUUCUAAAUGUUACAGAGAAGAGGGGAAAGGCUCAGGAUAGCUUUUAUUCCACAUUAUUAGCUGUCUUUUAUUUUACUCUUGGAAAUAAAGACUUCUUAGGGUUUUGACAUUUUGGGAAUCCAAUUAUACCACUGUGUCCUUUAAAUAGUAAGGUAGUUUGAAAGCAUAUGUUCCAAAGAUAUUUGAGAGGUAUUUUAAAUUUAAGAAGUUGGUAAUAGCCAGACAGCAGAUAUUCAUCCCCUACUUAAGAAAAAUGUAUUUGUCACAGGAAUCAGAAAAUACUAAAAUAUUUUUUCUAGAUACGGCAAAAUGAUUCAUCCACUAAUUGAAUAAUUCAUGAAAUAUAAGAAAUAGCCUGGAAAAGUGGUUUGGGAAUUUUUUAAAAGCCACUGUCUGUAAAUAUUCCACAGUUAAGAUGGAUUUCUACCUCUGACAUGACAGCUGGUAAGUUUCUUGUUAACUAGUAUUUCAUCUUUCUGGGUUAUUACAUGUGAAUCUGCACAUACUGACCAAAAUAAAAUCAGAGCCUCAAAUGGUAGUUCACUCGAAAUUUCUGGGCAAAUAGUCCAGAAACACUCUUUACCUCUAAAUGCAGUGUGGCUAGUUAAAUAAAGUGAAGAUUCUUCCAACAGUGAAGGAUUAGCAAGUAUAUUAAGUAUUAGCUACAGCUAGAAGCUAAAUAGUUAUACAGCAGCUCAACUUGACAGCAUAUUGGAGAUCAAGGUAAGGAUUUCAGAAAAAAUCUGACCCCAAAUAAAUGUGAGGAAUAUCCUUUGCCCAAUUACAGAGUCAGGAUUUGAAGGGAAUUGAAAUUCAGAUACUAAGGUGGCAUCUUGAUGCCUGACUGCCCCUUCCCCAUUUCUUUUUUUUUUUGCAGUGUUUGGCCAGGGCUGGGUUUGAACCUGCCACCUCCAGCAUAUGGAGCUGGCGCCCUACCCCUUUGAGCCACAGGAGCCACCCCGCCCCUUUCCCCAUUUCACAGGUGCAACCCUGAGCACUCAGAGGCAUGUCCAGCUCCUCACUACCAGGCAGUGAGUUAUCCUGAGUGGACUCCAUUGGGCCGCCUUCUGCUGGGCUUGCUUUUGUCUUUACACUCCAUCCAGGUGGCAGAAAUCUAAGUUCUAAAGCACUUCUGUGAAAUAAUGAGUAAAGUGAGAAUUCUAAGGAAAAUGCUUUGGUUUCUGCCAUCUCAAAUAAGUGGCGUUUAAAAAUUAUUAAUAUUUUUAAUAGUUUAAACUCAGUAUUUUUGUUUUUAAUUUGUCACUUUUUAUAGCUUUUGAAGACCAAACUACAAAUAUAUUACCAGGGAUGGUUUUGUGUUAUCGUACUCAAAUUUGACAAUAAAUUGAAGAGAACUUGUAACCUACAACUUUGAACUUCAAGUGAAAAUGUGUUAAGAAAUUCUAACUAUUGUUUUUACCUUUGACAUGAAUUACUGUGGUAAUAAUUUGGAAAAAGCAAACAUGAUUGAGUAUCUGAAAAGCUUAGAAGUGGCCUGUUAUAUAUGUGGCACAAACACGCUCCUGAGUGCAGGACACUUCCUAUCUUGUCAUACAUUUUGUCUGAUACCAACAGAAAUGUUAGAGACACUACUUAACACACUGCGAGUGGUGUGAGCCCUCAGGACUGCACCAGAGAGAGUAAACACAACCUUUACAUGGCAGAAAAUUUGUCUUAUUUGUUUCAUUUGUGGUUGGUGAUGAAGUUGAUGUUUUGUCUAAAUAAUUGAUACUCAUAGUUGGCGCUAUAAUCACCUGCUAUAUAUCGUGAACUGUGCAGUAAAACAGAACUGCGUAUAUACAGUUACCUUUGAAUACCUGAAAUUCCCAAGCUCACUUACAAUGGUAAUAGUUGGUAUGAGGGUAUGCAAACGUGUACGGGAAUAAUGUUAGUAGAUGGGAUCCAUAAAGUACGAUCUAGAGGGCUUGAGUGAACUCAGUUGUGUUGAACUAACAUGUAUGAUAGAAUGAGAGGUAUGCGGCAUUAAAUGAAGGGUAGAGAGAUUAGUGUGAAGAAAGAGCAUUCAGACUGGGUUUCUUUUAAAGUAUUUCUGUUUUCAGAUUAAAAAAACAUUUGUUUCCUCAUGGGUAAAUAAAUGCAUAUCAAAGACUUGAACAGGCAUUCUCUCUAAAUUUGAGUAUUUUUAGUGCUUUUUGCUUAAUACAAAUAUUUGUUGCCUAAUGGCUUCCAAAUUAUGUGGGAGUCUGUACAUGUUUCCUCUUAAAAGUUUCAUUUUUAAAAGUGGUUUAGCACACAAAAGCUAUUUUUGUUUGAUAUUUUGAGUUUUGUGUCUCUAUGAAUUAAAUAUGUUAAAUGUUUCAGAGUUAACUACUUUUUUGGGUAAUGGUUUGGAAUAAAGUUUGUUUUUUAAACCC